AUGGCGAGCGCUAUUGAAGCCGAGGCCGAGGCGCCUCACAACAUGUUUGACACCAUCCUCGUUCUCGACUUUGGUUCCCAGACCAGCCAUCUCAUCCUCCGUCGCCUGAGAUCCCUCAAGGUCUACGCUGAGAUGCUGCCCUGCACAACCAAGCUGGCCGAUCUUCCUUUCAAGCCCAAGGGUAUCGUGUUGUCUGGCGGCCCCUCGUCCGUCUACGACCAGGACUCUCCUCACGUCGACCCCGCGAUCUUUGAUCUCGGUGUUCCCAUUUUGGGUAUCUGGUAUGUUAGCCAACACCUUCGUAGCGGAAUCAUGUACUCAUCGAUGUGUGCAGCUACGGUUGCCAGAAUCAACGCCAAGAACGUGGCCCGCGGAGAGGCCCGAGAGUACGGUCACGCCGAUGUCACUAUCCUCAACUCCGGCAACUCCCACACCGAUCGCCUCUUCGCUGGUCUGGGAGAGACAAUGCAAGCAUACAUGAGUCACUUCGACAAGUUGGUGGCUCUUCCCGAAGGAUUCACCGUCGUUGCAAGCACGGCAAACUCUGAGUAUGCCGGAAUCGCCCACCAGACCAAGCCAAUUUACGGCGUCCAAUUCCACCCUGAGCUGGAGCACACACCUCGCGGUAGUGAGAUCCUGAAGAACUUCGCCGUUGAUAUCAGUGGCGCCAGACCCAACUGGGUGAUGGAGGACUUCAUUCAGAAGGAGAUCAUCCGCAUCAGACACCUUGUCGGCGACAAGGCACAGGUCAUCGGCGCCGUCUCUGGAGGUGUCGAUUCCACUGUCGCUGCCAAGCUUAUGAAGGAAGCCAUUGGCGAUCGCUUCCACGCCAUCCUCGUCGACAACGGUAAGGACCACGGCACCACAAUCAGCGCAAAACGGUAUACUAAGUUCAUUGUGAUAGGCGUCAUGCGUCUCAACGAGUGCGAGCAGGUCAAGGAGACUCUUGAGAAGCACCUUGGCAUUAACCUCACCGUCGCUGACGGAGCUGAGCUGUUCCUUGGUCGCCUGAAGGGUGUCACCGAGCCCGAGAAGAAGCGCAAGAUCAUCGGCGCAACCUUCAUCGACCUUUUCGAGAAGGAGGCUCUUAGAUUGGAGAAGGAGGCCGAGAACACCGAGAAUGCCGGACCCAUCACUUGGUUCCUCCAGGGCACACUUUACCCCGAUCUUAUCGAGUCCCUCUCCUUCAAGGGACCCAGUGCGACUAUCAAAUCUCACCACAACACCGGCGGACUUCCGGAGAAGAUGAAGCUCAAACUCAUCGAGCCCCUCAGAGAAUUGUUCAAGGAUGAGGUCAGAGAGUUCGGCAGACAGUUGGGCAUCCACCAAGAUCUGGUCAUGCGUCACCCGUUCCCCGGCCCUGGUAUUGCCAUCCGCAUUAUUGGAGAGGUGACACCCGAGAGAGUCGCCAUUGCCCGUGCUGCCGACAACAUCUUCAUUUCUAUGAUCAAGGAAGCCGGAAUCUACAAUGAGAUGUCCCAAGCAUAUGCUGCUGUGGACUCCAACAAGGCUGUUGGAGUUCAAGGUGAUGCCAGAGUUUACGGCUACAUCAUCAUUCUCCGCGCUGUUAAGACUCUGGACUUCAUGUCCGCGGAGCCUUACGAGUUCGACUUCAACCUCCUUAAGAGGAUCUCGACCCGUAUCAUCAACGAAGUUGACGGCGUCGCCCGCUGCACAUACGACAUCACGUCGAAGCCCCCCGGAACGAUCGAAAUGGGUUCGUAG